CAUGAAUGGAUGGUCCUGAGCUUCACCCUCUGCAUUUCCUUGUCAUUCUCUAUGGGUACCUCUGCCUUGAAUGAUUCCUUCUUCCUUUGCCUGCCUACACACAGAAUUUUUCUUUGGUUUGCUUUGGUGCUUCCUUCUUUGGUCUGUGGGUGUUUUGUGGACAGGAGUUGGCUUAGGUCUGAUUUCUGCUUGCUCUGUUUGGGAGUGCUUUCCCCAAAGCUGGGUUCUUGGAAGUAUUUCUGUCCCAGAAUGUUUCUGUCCCACUGACAGCUGGGGAUUGAAGUGAAUAUGAGCCAAAGCCCCCCGCAGCAACCUGAACUUCCCUGGCAUUCAUCUGAAGCUGAGUUGCUCUAAAGGUAGCUUCAGAUGUCUUGGAGGAAAGCUGCCUGCCCUGUCAGCCCACUCAGCAAGAAAAACAAAGUGCAAGGAGCAAUGCCCACUGUUCCCCAAGUGACUACGGCUCUGACAGUCUGUCCCUCUGAGUCCUCCCAGAUGGAGCCAGCAGAGGAACAAGAUGCAGGAAACCACACCCUGCUGACUGAAUUUGUCCUCUCUGGAUUGUCCAGCCGCCCAGAACUUCAGCACCUGCUGUUCUUCACAAUCUGCUUAGUUUACAGCAUGACUCUCAUGGGGAACUUUCUCAUCUGCAUGGUCACGGUGCACCCCUCCCUCCACAUGCCCAUGUACUUCUUCCUCCGCGUCCUGUCCUUCCUGGAUAUCUCCACAGCAUCAGUCGUCGUCCCCAAGAUGUUGGCAAACCUCCUGUCAGAGGACAGGAGCAUCUCCUACCUGGGCUGUGUCACACAGCUCUACUGUGUGGUUUUCUUGGCGGCCACCGAGUGGUACCUGCUGGCAGCCAUGGCCUACGACCGCUACGUGGCCGUGUGCAGCCCCCUGAGAUACUCUGCCAUCAUGAACACCAGGGCUUGCCUCUCCUUGGUGCUGCUCUGCUGCUGCAGUGGCAAAGUUGUGUCGGUGGUGCAGACAGCCUGGGUGUUCACCCUGUCCUUGUGUGGGCCCAGGAGGAUCGACUACUUCUUCUGUGACAUUCCCCCGCUCAUCACGCUCUCCUGCUCGGACACCUCGCGCUACGAGAAGCAGCUCAUCUCAGCCACGGUGCUCGUCAUCUUCACACCCUUCUGCCUCAUCCUGCUGUCCUAUGCCUGCAUCAUCUCCAGCAUCCUGAAGAUCUCCUCUGCAGAGAGCAGACACAAGACCUUCUCCACCUGUUCCUCACACCUCACUGUUGUAACGCUGUACUGUGCGAGUGGGACUUUGAUUUACUUACAGCCAAAAUCCAGUAAUUCACAAGAUACUAAGAAGAUCAUGGCUCUCAUAUACACAACUGUAAUUCCCACAUUAAACCCCCUGAUCUACAGUCUGAGGAAUAAAGAAGUGAAAGAAGUACUAAUCAGAGCAAUGGCUGUGUUGAUGAAGAAAUAAAAGGUUUUCUUGUCCAUGAAUGUGUGGAUUAAAAACCUUAUUUCCAUUUUUGGUGAGCUCUAAUGGUUUGCUAGCUCAGGAGGAACGGCAGGCACAAAGAUCUGUUCCACACUUGUAAAUAUUUUGUCUUUAUUCU